AAGAAGGAAAAUACAAAGAGGAGCUCCUCGUCGGAGAAUUUAGCUGACAUGGAUGGUCAAUAUUCUUGUCGUGCUGUGAGGGAGCAGCUCACUCCCAGCAUCAGACGGACAGCUAAGGCCACCUCUCGAAUUGUACUUUUCAAACUCGCAGUGCUGAAGCGAGCAAAGCCUCCUGGCGAUGAGCAAGAAAGUGAAGAUUUGAGAAAUGGAGACGCGUUUGAUUGCUACGUGUCCCUCAUAAUCGAAGAGGCGGUGAUGGCGGCGGCCUCGGAGAUCUUGUUGUCCGAAUUUGACGACUUUGUAAACAAAAUAUUUGCAGAUUGCAAUUCGACGUUAUCCCGAUACGAAAAGGAAAUCGCCAGCUUGAGACAACAAUUGGAAGCCUACCGCGGUGAAAUCGGGCCGAUGGGGGAAUACCAAAACUGCAACGACGAGACCCUCGCUCGCUCUCCCGUGAGCAGCGGCAGCGAUCCUCUGUUUAAUCAGAGGGAAGAAGUCGACGAAACUGGAGAGGAGGACUGGCUGCCAGGGAACUAUAAACAGGAGCAAGUAAUGGACGACUCCUCCGAAAUGAACGCCAGUUUGAGGUUAAUCCAUCAUCCAUACAGAUCGGCUUCCGCGAAUUCAUUUCCUGGGCCCGGAGAAACAAAAAUGGGCGCCAGGAGGCGGAGGAUUAGAGAUCGGGGGCCACCUGAAGCCUCCUUCCAUGCUGCAGAGGGAAUGUCUCAUUUUGACCGCAAAAAUUCAAAUGAACAGAGAGAAGCGGGCGUAGCUUUUUUAAAAAAUGAGGAUGGAGUGUCUCUGCAGACUUCGGGUCAGUUCAAGAAGGAAGAAGACUUUGAUGGCGGUUCAGAUGAUGGUGCAGAGCAGGGGUACAUUAGCAGUAAAGAGGAAGAGGAGUUAAUUGACAUUGAUGGUAAAGUUUCUGAAACCAAGUUUUCUACCAUUAAAAGACAACCCCACAGCAGCGAUGAUAUGGUAUACAAUAUGGGGGCCAUGCAUUGCAGUCCAUCUUCCCCCCUGCAGGAGGGUGUACUUGAAAAUGAGCUUGCUGAAGAUGAGAAGGCCAGGAAUAUUGCAGAGAAAAUAAUUGCGGAAGCAGAGCAGCAAUACCCUCAGAAAAUUCUCAAAGGAAAGAAAACAAACCAAUGUAAUGUAUGUGGAAAAGCUUUCAACCAGAUUGCACACCUUAAAAGGCACCAGAGAUUCCAUACAGGAGACAAACCAUUCCAGUGUCCCGAAUGUAGAAAGACUUUCAGCCUUGCUGAAAACCUGAAGCGACAUCAGAGAAUUCACACGGGAGAAAAACCUUACGAAUGCAUUGAGUGCGGCAAAACAUUUGGUCGAACUGAAACUCUUAAGCAGCACUGGAGGAUUCACACGGGAGAAAAACCAUACCAGUGUGCGGAGUGCAGAAAGAGUUUCAGCCAGGCUACGCAACUAAAGCAACACAUGAGAAAUCACACAGGAGAGAAGCGCUUCCCGUGUGAUGAAUGUGGGAAGGUUUUCAACCAGGCUGGCCAUCUGAGGCAGCACCAGAGAAUUCACGUAACUGAGAAGCUGUACCGAUGCACUGAAUGUGGAAAGUUUUUCAACCAGGCCGCUCAGCUGAAGCAACACGAGAAAGUGCACGCAGGGGAGAAACUCUACCGAUGUACUGAAUGCGGAAAAGUUUUCAGGCAGGCUGCAGACCUUAAGCAGCACCAAAGAAGUCACAGCCGGCAAAGGAGAUUCACUCCCAUCAUUGCAGUAAGCCAAUAAAAAGACCCAAAAGGGGACGUCAGCCCUUGAAGAGAACAGACUGAUGUUCUGAAUCUAGAAAAAACUUGUAGGCGGAUUAAAAUCCUUACCUGACACCAUAGAAUUUCAAAAGGUAGUAAUGAGUAGACCACCGUACAGUUACAAUCGCCGGUCUGUACAAUGCAGGUUUCGUUUACGUGAGUAGGAUACCUUGAUCACAUCUGCUGUAGAUAGACGACUUUCUUGCCUCCUUUUUUUCCCCCCAACUCUUACAAUAGAACAACUCAAGACACUCAUCACAAAUUUAAAUAAUACUGUUUAUUUUAGAUUUUUUUCUUUAUUUCCGACUUGAUGAAAGAGAUGCUUCAGUUUAAGUCACAAGUUUUUGUCUGCAUUUCUAGAAACAAAAAAAAAAAAUGUUAAGGAAGCACGAGGACCUGAUGACCUGUUAACUGGAAGAAACGUUCAGUUGUAACCAAAAGGCAACCAAGCAAUUGCAGGCAGGCCAGGCUAUUCACACAUUAUUAUUUUUUUUGUUUUGCUAUGAAAAUAAAAAGCAUUGGAUAAACUGUAAAUGUAUGCAAAAGGUGGCGUUGAAAUACGAGAGGCGUUAAACUACAGCCAAAUUGUCUGAAAAGAAAGCUUUCUGUUUAGUUUGAGAGAAAGGAAGGAUAACUGGGGGGAAACUGCCAGUUGGGUGGAAAUCAAAAGACAGAAAAGCCAAGACUGUUCAUAUAACAAGAAAUAGAAAUUGGCACUUUUUGUUUACUUUUAUAUAACCGAUAAGGAUAUAAAUGACAUACUUCAUUUUUUGUGUUAGCACAGACUAGUUAAAUGGUAACCAUUUAAUAACGGCAGGAGCCCUUGGAGAGUCGGAGACUAAAUAGGUUUGGGGAAACAGCUUUAUAAAUGUUAACCCCCUAUUGGGGGACAAAAAGUGAUUUCAGAAACUGGGUUUAAGCAUUUCGCCUCUGUCCACAUCUAAGGAUAUCCUUUCAAUGUGUGAACAUGGCAGAAAGCUUCUCUGUUACUUUACGUUCUUACACCUUGUUGCAUCUGCGCACUGUUUAACGAAUGCGGUCAUUGCUCACAUAAUACUUCUGCAAAUGCUGCAUCUUUCAUGAAUAUGUAAGUUUGGUUUAAACGUGUUGCAAUUCAGUUAAAACAAAGCAAAUGUUUCAGAUCGGAACGAGUUUGUGACUAAUUUUUUAGAAAGUAAUUCGGUGCAUCGCACAACUUCUAGUCGUCCGGAGAUGUCAAACUUGACUACUGUCGUUCCUGACCUUGUUGUCCAAGUUUGUCCGUUUACAUGACUAGAAAUUGCGGAAUGUCAAAUUACAUGACUUUGUAAUGAUUUUCCAGCAUAGUUUCACAUUUCUGAAGUACUCCAUGCUUACCCCUUUUUUUUUUUUUUUUUUAUAUAUAUACACUGCCCAUAACAAACUGCCUGAUAGAGCCAUUGCCCAUGCAAAGGGUUACUGGUCUGGCAAGUUCUGCUGCCAUCUCUGCCCCCUUGACCCCCCCCCCCCCCCCCCCCCAUUAUGUCAUGGCAUGUAAAACACAAAACCUCAGACAGUCAAGACUCUGUUUUGAUUGUAAUGUUCCUUAUUCCUGAUAACUGCAUUGUACUUGAAGGUGAGCGUUCAUUGGUUGUCGGCUCUCGUGCACACUUCAGGGUGAGCAUUCAUUGGUUGUCAGCUCUCGUGCACAUUUGAAGGUUAACGCUCAUUGGUUGUUGGCUCUCAUGCAGACUGUGAACAUUCAUUGAUUGUCAGUUCUCAUGCACACUUAAGGGUGAGUGUUCAUUGGUUGUCAGCUCUCAAAGGGUGAUUGUUCAUUGGUUGUCAGCUCUCAUGCACACUUGACGGUGAGCACUCAUCUGUUGUCGGCUCUCAAGCACAGUUAAUGGUGACCGUUCAUUGGUUGUCGGCUCUCGUGCAGACUGUGAGCGUUCAUUGAUCGUCGGUUCUCAUGCACACUUAAUGGUGAGCGUUCAUUGGUUGUCAGCUCUCAAAUGGUGAGUGUUCAUUGGUUGUCAGCUCUCAAAUGGUGAGUGUUCAUUGGUUGUCAUCUCACAUGCACACUUGAUGGUGAGCGCUUAUCUGUUGUCGGCUGUCAUGCACACUUAAUGGUGAGCAUUUAUUGGUUGUCGGUUCUCGUGCAGACUGUGAACGUUCAUUGAUUGUCAGUUCUCAUGCACACUUAAGGGUGAGUGUUCAUUGGUUGUCAACUCUCAAAGGGUGAUUGUUCAUUGGUUGUCAGCUCUCAUGCACACUUGACGGUGAGCACUCAUCUGUUGUCGGCUCUCAAGCACACUUAAUGGUGAGCGUUCAUUGGUUGUCGGCUCUCGUGCAGACUGUGAGCGUUCAUUGAUCGUCGGUUCUCAUGCACACUUGAUGGUGAGCGUUCAUUGGUUGUCAGCUCUCAAAUGGUGAGUGUUCAUUAGUGUCAUCUCACAUGCACACUUGAUGGUGAGCGCUUAUCUGUUGUCGGCUCUCAUGCACACUUAAUGGUGAGCGUUCAUUGGUUGUCGGCUCUCGUGCAGACUGUGAGCAUUCAUUGAUCGUCAGUUCUCAUGCACACUUAAGGGUGAGCAUUCAUUGGUUGUCAGCUCUCAAAGGGUGAGUGUUUAUUGGUUGUCAGCUCUCCUGCACCCUUGAUGGUGAGCGUUCAUUAGUUGUCGGCUCUUUUGCACAGUUAAUGGUGAGCGUUCAUUGGUUGUCGGCUCUUUUGCACACUUAAUGGUGAGUGUUCAUUGGUUGUCAGCACUCGUGCACACAGAACCCUCCUCGAUGACUUAAGGCAAAAUCAAACCUGUUUUUAUUUUGUUAGGGUGAGUUGCAUACUAGCUGGCUUUGAGGUGCUGGGUAUGUCGCUUUACAUGUUCGGUGGCUACAGGAGUGUGCUGCAACUGCUCCCGACUUGCAAAGAUUUUAUAGAUGAAAUCUAAGACUGAAAAUUACUGGACAAGUUACAUAAAGUGACAUGGCCUUGAAUAGAUGCUAGAAGAAUUAAUAUUCUAUUUAAAAUAUGGGUUGCUUGUCAAAAAUGCAAUCUCAAGGAUCCAACAUGUAUCGAGUGAUGUUUCGCUAGGUGCAUCCCCACUGAACAUUUUGCUGAGAAAAAGGGGAGCAAUGAAUGGCAAGCGUACAGUCAGCAUUCUUUAGAAACCGCUAAAUGCCUGCCAGUGGCCACAAAGGCACACAUCGAAAAGCACAUUAUGUCCAGGUGAUUUUUGUGUUUAAAAAAUGUAUAGUGCAUUGUAUGGUUCUACUGUCAUUUUGACAAUUCAUAAUCCAUUCAUGUUAUAAGAGACUCGAGUUUUGUUUUUCUUCAUCCUCAAAAGUGCGUAACCUAUAGUGUUAGGGGGAGCUAAAAACUAUCCUGACAGUAUUGGGCAGUAGGCACGACAUACACACGCAACUAAUUGAGAGCUUCAAUUAAUUAAACAGACGUCCUCGGAAGUGGGAGGGAAAAACCUGGCAGAGUAAGGAACGAUUGGCAGAGUCAAGGAAUGGGUGUCGUGUUCGAAACCAGUAUGUCGGAUCUGUGAUGCAACAGCACUUGCCACCAUGCCGGAUUUUAUAGCUAGUACUUUUAUUUGUCCCAAUAGGGGAGUUUAGCUUUGUUGAGAAUCUCAAGAUUAAUAUUACAACGUCAACAACCGCCCUCAAACGCACUCAAGAAUCGCAAAGAAGAAAACUUUUGAUUUGGCUAUAAAUAGGAAAGCAGUCACAGUGAGGCAUUAUAAAAGCAUUUAUGCAACAGGUAUGCGGAUGCUCAAGUAGCAUUUCUCGACACACUUCUGCUGAAUAAUUUGUUAAUAUGGUGUCCUAAUUGUAUGUCCUGUAUUGUUUAAGCGGGUUGCUAUGUUGCUGCAGCCUGCUUUAUGAGACAACGUUACAAUUCCUGCUGUCGGUUGCGUUUGUGUAUGGAUUGGUGGCGUCACCACUUUUAAGGCUACGUCCACACUAAAACACAGACCGUAGUUUCCAUUUUCACCUUUUGUCGGCACUACCCCAGCGUUGUCAAACCCCAAAAACAGAGUUUUGAAACCGCUCUCCAGAGCUGUGUUCUUCUGAAAACGCAGCUUCGUUGUUAUUCACCACAGACUCUAACCGCACUCUGAUUGGAUUGUGUGUGUUACAUUUCUUUCUCUGGUUGGUCUCCCUUCACCGAAGAGCACCCAAUCCCAACAUAGUGGACCUGGAAGAGCUGCUGUCCAUGGCGCUUGUUGUGUUGCUUACCAGUAUGCAUCUAAGUUGUGUUUUAUACAGUUUGAAUGUGCAUUCAUGCGCAAAAGGCAAAUAAUUUACCAGUUUUGCCAUAAAUCCUGUGACUGGUGGCAUUACUAUCUCUUCAAGGGUUAUUCCACCGAUGUGCCCAGUGUAGGAAAACAUCAACGUCAUGUGCAUUUUCUUUCAUUUGUGUGUGUGUGUGUACGGAGAUAACUUUCGUAAACGAUGUUGAAAUGCUACCAUCGAGGGAGAUUGUGUUGGUUUAGCAGUGUGGACUUUUGCUGUGUUUUACCUGAAUUUACCUCGGAAUUCAGAUGUCAGAACUGGGAAUGACGUCACGACUAAGUUGACAGCGUUCCAGUAAAAAAUUUGGGACACCAAUAUGGAUGUGUCCAGGAAAACCUUAUACUCCAAUUGGAAUAAAUAGCAGUUGAUAAUGUAGAAGCGUAAAAUAUGCCAAAGACUCUCAGCUUGAAAGAAGGCCCUAGGAGUCGAAGGAUAUAGGCAAACAGAGUAAUUAGUUUAUUGCAAUAAACAUUCACACAGACUCAACCCGAUUAAGUCAAACUGAGCCGAGCCCCAAACAAGCCAAAAGUUAGUUUAUUUAAUCAUUUCUUAUCAUCCUGACCUCGUUCAAGUCAGCUCAUUUGCUGCUUAUUUUAUUUUUGGCCCUUUCACGUUUUUUAUGGAGACCACCAAUAUGCUCUGAGCUUUGAGAUUCACCUCCGCCUCUUGCUUCGUUUAUUUUCUGGCCAGCUUUCAAUUUGAGGGUGCCCCCCUUGCUCCGAUCUCGGGCUGUCCGUAUCUAUCCUUCUGUUCUUUGACUUGAUAAGAUAUUGGUAGUUUCAGCCAAGUUUUAAUUAAAAAAGAAAUACGGCGUGUGCCUUUAUUUAACUAUUUGAUUGGCAUACCUAAUUUGUGUCACUGCUUACACUGUUUAAUAUUUAUAAGUUUUCAUAUCUAUUUAUAAUAACUUUUUAUUUUCCAUAAUAACAAUGCAUUUUUUUGUCGCAACAUGUCCACAGAUAGAGGUUGGACAGUUAACUGUUGUGUACACAAAUAAACUGAAGUGUUAAUAAACAGUAUAAUUACUACAGCUUUCACGAAUGUUAACUGCAUGCGUCGCCAUUUUGGAUUGCUCUCAUGAUCUCAAGUCAGACAAACUCAGACUUGACAGACAAGCCACCCAAACUAAGAGUGUUGUUCCAUUUGAAAAUUCAAGGCUAGGAACUCACAUUUCUGACUUCUCACUUAAAAUGGAAUGCAGAGAAGUUUUGACUGUUGCUGCCAAUCGCUGAGUAAUACUGUAAUACACAAGCAAAUGCAAAGUUGAUUUUUUUUUAAUCUCUCGACCAUUUAAGUGCACCGGUCCCAGCCCUAUUUAAUUUAACUAGUUGACCCUUGGCAGUGCAUGGUGUUCCUAAACUAUUCCUGAAAUAAAAAGUUCUUUACAUCUCUUAUCCAAGUUGAAUUUUGAAGCUGGUUUGUUUCAGUGAUUUUUUUCACUUAAUCAUCCAUUCACCCAAAUGUCGAAGCCCCUUGAUGGUCAGUAUGGCAGAAGGGGGCAUCAUAAACUACACUCUGAACUGAUCUCGUAAUGUGAGGUUUCCAAUGCUCUUGCACCAGAGUAGACAUAGGGAUCAACUUAGUUCCUCUGUUGCAGAUGGCAAUGUGUUUCAACUCUGGCAUACAAGGGAUGAUCAAAGACUUGUAAAAUAUGUUCCACAGCAUAUAGGAUGUGAUGUUACAUUUUAAACCGCACCGCACCAAAGACCCAGAAUGAACUGUAGAUGUUUCAUAAAGGUUACAAGUCAAUGGGGCUGACAUGCUGCCCAAGAGCUCAGAAAAGAGUGAAAAGCUGCCCAAAUAAUAGCAUCCCAAUGCAAGUCUAUCGUUUUUUUCUUUUGCUGUUGAUUUGCAGGAUUUUAUUUUUAAUAAUUUAAAACUCUUCAUUACGCAGGGUAACAUGGGUUAGGGUUGCUUCCACGGAGCACUUAGUCCCACUUUCAAAUCUUGGCAAUGCACCUUCUUUAAGGUGUUGACAUGUUCUCCUUUUCUUCUCAAGGGUUUCUUCUUGAGAUCCUGGUUUUCUUCCAUAUGCUUCUGACAUAACAGUGGUCUGGUGUAAUGUGGUGAACGAAAGAGAGUUCAUCCAGGAGUUUUGCUCCUGUAUUCCUAUAGGACUUGUCUUUAAAUUUUCAGUGGCCUGCUAGAAAAAGUUGGACAACAAAAUUUAUUUGCAAAAUGCAGGGCUUUUAUAAAGUAAACUGGGAGUUAUUACAGUGGUCUCUCUUAUUAGUAUUAUUUUUUUGUUUGCUCCAGAUGGUUCCUCAACCAGCAAAUAGUCUUUGCAUUUAACUGAAUGCCUGGGGUAUUUAGUUGGAUAAUUGUUUUGCUCUUGUUCUGUAGAGUCAGAAAGAAAUGCGCAUUGUCUUUUUUUUUUUUAAUUAAUAAAUUUCAGCUAUACAUUGUUGUCCUAGCUUUUAGAUUAGAGUUUAUUAAUAAGUUGAUUUUAUUUUCCUUUUUGAAAUGUUCAUAUCCUCUUUGUUUCCCCUUAUUUUUACAAUUAUUUCCUUUAGAAGAGUAGACACGGGAGCGAGCGCGUGAGUAAGUAGCACAUUGAAUUGGACCUGCGCCUGUGUGUGCGCACGCGCAUGUGCCAGUCAUUCUGGACAACCCGCUAUGUAGACGGACCAGUAGGGUGUGGGACGUGCAGAAGACGUUGUGGUGGGAGGAGUUAUCUAGACGGCUAUCCGAUGGCUCUUUUAUUUACAGAUAGAUGCGCGACCUAAAAAUACUUGGGUGACGAGCGGGUCGUCAUUUUCUUUGAAAAGUUCUGGUUUCAUUUUUUUUUUUUAAAGGAGUAUUUAGAAGAUGGGAAAAGUCCCAGUGAAAGAAAAUAAAAUAAGCAAAAGUAUGGUUUAUUUAUUUAAUUUUUUUUUUUUCUUCAAAAACAAAAACCGGACUCUGGUUGGUAUUUCUUAGCUCAAUUAACUUUAACUGUGUCUGGAGUCCAGCAAAGUUACAGUUGGAACUUGGAUUCAGAAUUUUGCUCUGAAAACAACGAUCUGCAACCAUGGGUCCCUCAGCACAAAAUCAGAAUCAUUGAGUUCAAUCAUUUUCGUUAUUUAUUCAUCUUAACAAUUUUAUAAAAAAAAAAAAAAAGCAUUGAAAUGUUUCACACUUGGAAUUUAUUGAAGUUUCAAGUUCUACUACGUAUGCAAUUUCCAAUGCAGUUUUCAAAAGAAGAUGGCCAGGUGCUUCUAAGCCUUUUCUUUGAGAUUGGAAGGUCAUCUUGAAAGAAGCUGGUAUAAAAACUUACAAGUUUAAUGAGUCAAGUCCAGUGGUGUGCAGAACAACAGGAUGGACGCUUCCUUGAUUUUGAUUUGUUUUUUUAUUUUGUUUUUCUCUUGUCACUGAGGUAGCGUUAUUGUUCUACUCGAGGUCCGUUGACAGAAGUUGUUCCGUCACAGUCAGGCGCUCUCCUUUCUGAACGAGUCUUCGAAGAUCUCAAAACUGCACUUGGGCUUCUCUUUUCCAUUUUUUUUUUGGGUGUGCAGCUUUCCAAUGGGGAUGUUGCCAGCCAUGUAGUUGUUAAAGCUGCCUUUCCCCCUUCUUUUUAGGUUUUAAUCUGUCUUUAAUGUUCUUUACAAACUUUAAGAUACACUACUUUCUCAUUCUUCACGUUCGCAAACUCUCAAGACGUUGCUUUAUUGUUUUCAUUGUGUCAAGAAGUCUUUGCUGCAUAGCUUUAAAUGUGUUUUAGUUAACAAGCAUUAGUUUAUUUUUUACUUUAACAAGCAUUAGUUUAUUUUAUUUCUUAUUUUAAGGAUGCACUGAACUAUAAGAAGAUACAGAAAUUGACACUUUUUUUGUUUUUAAGUGUUUAAUUACAAUCAAAAUACUCCAUGAACCAAACUAGCUGAAAGGCUGCAAUGUGGAGCCCCCUAGUGGUUGGGCGAUAAGGAUGUACGUUCAGAGUGCAGUAUUUGUUAAAAAAUAACAGAGACUCGACUGCAGUCUGAAAAUGCUCUUUUACAAGUUUAAAAAAAUUAAAUAAAAAUGAGCCAGUACAUAUCUAGGAAUACUUGUAGCAUGACGAUUAAUUAGUAGAGUUAAGUGGGAAUCUGUGAAAGUAUUUUAAGGUUUGCAUAAAAAGA